UAAGUAGCGGAUAAAUUAUUUCGAAUUUUGAAUUCUUCGUGUUGUGUUUGCUAUCUCAUGUAGCUUUAUUUACAUCGGUAGGACGACUUAAGUAUAAACAGUCGAGGCAAAAACUCCUAGGAUUUGCUGAUUUCCCUGGCAGUCAUUCGCGAGUCAUCAACGAACAACAUCACGCGUUAUAUCUUGAACACCUAAUCACGUCGGUGAAGAUUCCUCAGACGGCAGAAUUGAACUCUAACACGAAAUAUAACACAAUUAUGAACGAGAAAAAUAUAUACACAACGAAAAAUAGCAAAUCCUACGAAUUCAAGAACAGCGAAAAGAAGAAAGGAUUGUUACUGAGAAAUACAGAAAAUAAUGCAGUUUGUAAUACGACGAUGGUGCAACAGUACUCUUCCAUCAGCAGAGGAAAAUUUCAGAUUUAUUCCGACGAUAGCAAUGAAAGUGGUCGAUCACGGUCUCGUGUGAGAAAAGACGUACGUAAAAAAGAGAUAAGAGAAAGGCAAGAUAACGAAGUACUCAAAAAAACAAUCGAAUCAACUAACAAAGUCGAGAAACUUAAUUCUGAUUUAUAUAUUUCACGCAGAGCACGUUCUUCAAGUAACUGUCGGCAAAAUGCUCUUUUAGAUAAAAUCAACAUGAACAGCAAUUUAUUUAACAAUCGAAGAGCGCAUUCCGAAAGCAGAGGAAUUUCGUUGCAAUAUGUACAAAGCAGUGUUGUUCAAUUACCCAAUAUUAAAAAAAUUAAACAUCUUACAGAUGAUGUUAAAAGACGAACUUUUUCUAGUAUUCAAAUGUGGAAAGAUAAAAUGAGGAAAUCAUGUACUGGUACCGUGCCCAAAAAUAUGAUGGCUAAUACAAAUUUAAAUAAUAAAACUCUUUCAUUGGUUGGUAUCAAUAAAAUUAAUUCCAGAACCAACUUGCAAAAGAAUUCUAUUACUGGAUCGAUGAAUUUGCAACCUAAGAUAUCACAAAAUCAUGCGAAAAAUCUGAAUGAAGGUAUUCAACAAGUCCAAAAUGUCGAUUCUUUGAAGAAUGCACUUCAGCAGAUAUCAAAUGAGAUUGAGAUAUUUCUGCAAAAUAAGUUACCUUUAACAGCACAAAAUGAUACUAACAAGAGAAACUUUAUUUCUGAGAACGAUGACAAUAAUAAUCUAUUAGGCGCUACACCACUUUAUAGCUCUAACAGCGUAACACCUUCAGAUGGCUCUUUCUUCCUGCCAUUAACUCCAACAAAGGUGCAUUACGAAAAAUGUGUAAUGACACGAAAAUUAGCGAUUAAGAAGGAGAACGAGUUUGAUGUUAUUUGCGAAACACCGUACGAACGUGAUUACUUGGAAGACAUAUCAGAGACGGAACAUAAGAGGGAUGAUAACGCUCCGAGGCUUUCCUCUCAUUUUCUGCGUGAAAAUGUAAACGCAGAACAGAGGAGAAUCGUCGUAGGAUAUAUUAUUCGUCUUGGCGUACACUGCUAUUAUUCAUCGCAUGUCAUUUAUCAGACUGUCAAGCUAUUCAAUGUAGCUAUUGAUCGAAUUCAUGUGAAAACUAAUGAUAUACAAUUAAUGGGUUUAGCGUGUCUUUGGAUAAUUCUCAAGCAAGAUGCACCUAGUGAUAAAAUACCAUCGGCGACUGUAAUUCUGGAAUUGGCGAAAGAUUUAUACAGUAAUCAAGAAAAACAUUUGUUAAAAUAUGAGAAGAAGAUUCUCUGCGCCGUUAAAUUCAACACACGAUUCGCUGAUCCGUUCUCGUUGCUUUCAUAUUAUAUAUUGAAUGUAAAUCAAGACAGUCAAUGUAAUAUUAUUAAGCCGAGUGAUAUCGCGUGUAUCUACUUUUGCGGUAGUUAUAUGAUCGAUUCAUCUAUGCUAGAUGAAAACUUGUGUGAAACUCCGGCGUAUAUAAUAGCAAUAGCUGCAAUAGAGUUGUCGCUUCGUAUUGUAUAUUUAAGCGAUGUUAACGUGAAUCAAGAAUGGUACCAAGUUUGGAGAAACAAACAAUCGCUCAUGGAAUGGGAAGAAAGAAUGCUGAAUUCUACGAAGCAGAUUAUAAUACGACGUACUGUAGAAUAUAAAGACUUUGGUUCGAAUAUUAUAUACAAGAAAUACAUGCGUAGCAAACACGGUAGAGUUACCAAUUUUCUUCACAAUAAACUGAAGAUUGUUCGGAAGAUUGUCUUGUGAAAAAUUAGGCGCAAUGCCAGUUAAAGAUACUACUUGUCCGCUAUCGAUGGACAUUAAUGGAUCUCUUACUACUCAAUGAGAAGAGUAGGAGAUUCACACAUUAAAAGAUCAUUAAAUCUCUGACUGUCACAUCGUCAAUAUCAUUGGAAGAGCAUUUACAAAGCGCAAUAUACAUGAUCGUGAUCAAGAGCGCCAGAAAGGGACACUUAUUGGAUAAUUGUUGAAUGCUGC